GCAUAAUCGAAUCCGCAGAUUGUUUCUGCGGAGGAAUGUGACAGGCACCUGUGAGGUGAGCCGACACCAGGGGAGAGAUGACCGGGCAGACGGAAGAUGAUAUACCUGAAACAGGAGCAAUCUUCACUUUUGGGAAGAGCAAGUUUGCUGAUAAUGUGCCCAGUAAAUUCUGGCUGAAGAAUGACCAUCCAGAAGAAAUCUCGUGUGGGGGUGAUCACACUGCUGUCGUAACAGGCCAUAGCAGGCUGUUCAUGUUUGGAAGUAAUACCUGCGGUCAGUUAGGACUGGGGUCAGAGAUCAACAUCAACAAGCCCACUGCUGUGAAAGUGUUGAAGACUGAAAAAGUGAAGUUUGCAGCAUGUGGAAGAGACCACACAAUCGUGUGCACAUGGAGUGGGCAGGUUUAUGGUGCUGGCAGUAACCAGGAGGGGCAGCUUGGUUUGGGACACUGUGAUGACACAAACACCUUCCACCUGAUUCAUCCCUUCUCUGACCACGCACCAAUCAAAAUGCUCGCUGCUGGCUGCAAUACCUCAGCUGCUCUGACAGAGGAAGGCAGGCUGUUCAUGUGGGGUGAUAACUCGGUUGGCCAGAUCGGUCUGGGGGCAGAGAGCUACGCCUCAGAGCCUAGAGAGGUGAUGGUGGGGCAGUCAGUGGCCUGGGUGUCCUGUGGAUACCACCACUCAGCGUUCGUCACAGUGAACGGGGACCUCUACACGUUUGGGGAGAGUCAGAACGGAAGGCUGGGUCUAUUCCGUGACCAGCUGGCCAAUCACAGAGUCCCUCAGCAGGUGGAAGGCAUCCAGGAUCCGGUCAUCCAAGUGUCCUGUGGAGGGGAGCACACAGUGGCACUCACAAAGGAGGAUGUGUACACGUUUGGGCGGGGUCAGCAUGGUCAGCUGGGCCACGGGACCUUCCUGUUCGAAGCACAUCUGCCCAAAGCACUGGUCCACUUCCGGAACGGCAGAGUCAGUCAUGUCACCUGUGGAGAGAACCACACUGCUGUGAUCACAGACAGUGGGAUUCUGUACACCUUUGGGGAUGGUCGCCAUGGUAAACUAGGACUGGGGGAAGAGAACUUCACCAACCAGUUCAGACCAACACUGUGCCCACGCUUCCUCAAAUACAGUGUCCAGUCAGUGGCAUGUGGCAGCUCUCACAUGCUGGUGCUGGCUAUGCCCAGACCCCCAGAGGUUGAGGAAGUGGUGAUAGAGGAAGAUGAUGUCACAGAGACCAUUCUGGAGACUCUGGAAACCUACACUGAGCUGCUCAUGAUGGAUCCCUCCCUCCUGAUGUCCAACCCACCGACUGCACCUCCUCUCUGGACCCUGUCUGCUAGGGCCCGCCGCAGGGAGAGGGAGUGUUCUCCAGAGCAGUUUGGCCAGAUGUUCCGUAACCUUCCUCCUCUGAUGUCUGGCUUCUUCAACACCUCCCUUCCCGUGUCCAGGAACAUCCGCAUUUCCAGAACACCAUGUAAAGACCCCUCCACCUCCUCACUGUCUUCCAAUCCCUCCUCAAACAACGCCCCCAGUCCCUCUCUGUCACUCAAACCCAGAGGCAAACCCCCUUUAACACCAUCACGGUCACCCCAAUUCACAUUCCCAGACCCUCCCAGCCCUUCACUCUCCUCAAAGUCCAGCCCUAAGAAGAAGAAGCCCACCCCGUCAAAAUCACCAAAAUCUACAUCUAAAGAACCCAGUAGCCCCUCACAGUCCUUCAUAUCCAUGCCUAAACUCAUCCCCGACCCCACACUGUCCCCUAAAACCCCCUUUAAAAAGCUCACAGAUUACAACCAAUCCCCCAAAACGCUGUCUAAGGGGCACCCCAGCCCUUCUCGGAGUCCCACCUCACCACAGACAGACAGGAACGAGGACACAGUGACAGAAGCCCCUGACAGCCUGAUGCUCAUUGAGAAUAUGGAGGAUGAAAAGGACACGUUGUCAAACCUGGUAUCACUAUCGAGAGGAGAUUCUGGCAAUGAGACUGGGACUACAUCUGCAGAGCAGAAGGAUAAGGGACAUGAAAAGGGUAGGGUUCUUUGGAGAGCUGUGAAGGUGGCAGAGAGGAAGGUUGAACAAACCCUGACCAACAGGAAGGAGGAGCUACCUUCCCAUGAAGCCCUUCCCACCGAGCUCCAGAGAGGUUCCAGUUUGAAUUUGUUGAAGGCAGAGGCCAUGCCCACAAAGAGUCCCAAACCACAAACGACCCCUCAGACCCCCCAAACCCCAGCCAGGGGCAAGGAGAACAUCACUUUGACAACAGAAAAGGCUGGCCUUAAAGUGAAAACCAGUAAACUAGAGAGCAAUCUUCAAAGCACAGGUAAAGCAGGGUCUAAGCUAAAUACGCUUGCAAGGAAACAAAGCAAGUUAUCUGUAUCGAAACAUAGCACUCCUAAACACAGUCAGAUCCAGAUAUCUGUGUCUAAACCCAGCACUCCAAAGCAUGGUCAAAGCAAGCUGUCUGAGGUGAAUAAAGGUACAGAGAUGAAAGGGAAAGGCCCUGUAAAGAUCAGAAGUAAGGAGGCCGAGGCGACCAGCACUCCCAUCAAAACGAAAAGUUUGGAGUCCAAAGACAAGAAAUCAAAAAUUGCAGAGGAAGAUACUAAAACUAUUGAAGUUCAAAAUAAACCACUUCAAGGGGUCAAGUCCGCUCCAGUCAAAGGUAAAGGUAAUCAAUUAGAGGUCAAAUCCACUCCAGUCAAAGGUAAACAAUUAGAGGUCAAAUCCACCCCUGUGAAAAGUAACAUUCAAGAGGCCAAAUCCUCUACAGUCAAAGUUAAAGGUAAACCUGUGGAAAAGGAGCCAAUUCCAAGUAAAACUGUGGCUGAAAGCACUCAUUUGAAUGUAAAGAGGAUUCCUCAGGAGGUAGUAGAUAAAACAUGUGAAGGUAAAAGCACUCCUUUGAAUGUAAAGAGGAUUCCUCAGGAGGUAGUAGAUAAAACAUGUGAAGGUAAAAGCACUCCUUUGAAUGUAAAGAGGAUUCCUCAGGAGGUAGUAGAUAAAACAUGUGAAGGUAAAAGCACUCCAAUAAAGGGACAAAGGAAGGCAAAAGAGGUGAAUGAACAAAAGACUGGAGAGUCUAUUACUCUCAAAGAGUCAGGGACAACAGAGGGGAAGAAAAUGGCAGUUAAAGAUAAAGGCAAAGUCACAAAAACAAAAAGUGCAUCCACCAAAACAAAACAAUUUCCUGAACCUGAAGAGGUUAAAGCUAAAUUGACUGAGUUGAAUGGAACCCCGGUGAAACUGAAAAGCAAGCCAACAGAGGUUUCCAGCCAACCAAUCUUAGUAGAACCUACCUCAAAGGCCAAAUCACCAUCUGCAUCACUGUCAUUAUCAGAUGCAAUGCCUCAAAAUGCUUGGGAUAAGAAGUCAGCGAAGUCUGAGCUUAGAGAGCCACUGGCUGUCUCACAGGUCAAAGAUAGAGUGGCGGUCCCAGGGGAAGAUUCCAUUGGUGAAUCCCAGGAGGGGGAGCCUGGCUGGGGAGGAUUUCUCAGCGAUGCAGCCUCUCUCCUUCCAGCCGUGGGGGUGGCAGGCGUAGCCAUGGGGGUCUUGAGUGAGGCGGUGGCAAGUGUGGGGGGGUUUCAGUCAGAGAGUGACACAGCCAAUUCUAUCCCUCCUCGGCGGUCCAGCCGGGUAGAGAGGUUCACCAAACAGAGCGCCAUCACCCAGCCUUCCGCCUCCUCCUCUUCAACAUCAGAUCCCAGUGCAGUAGCACAAAGAAACAGGACCUCCAUCUGCAUCAGUGUUCUCAGGAAUUCUGAUCAGGAAGCAGGGAGCGGGAGUUCUGAGAAGAACCCAGACACCACAGAGGAUGCUAGUGACAGUUCGGGAGGUCAGGCCGAGGUUGACGACGAUGAGAACACUAGUAGAGGUCAAAGGUCAGAGGAUGAGGAUUAUGAACAUGAAGAUUUCACAAAGAGACAGGGAGAGGAGGAUGACAGGAGUAGUGAGGGUCUGGAAGAAGAAGAGGAGGAAGAGGAUGACAGGAGUAGUAAGGGUCUGGAAGAGAGCAGUGAACAGAACGAAGGGGGAGAAGCAGAAGACAGUGAUUCUGUGACUAGCAGAGAAGGAGAGGAGGAUAGAGAAGAGAAGAGUGAAGAGAGCCAGGGCGCGGAGGGGGAGGGGGAGGGGGAGGAGAGCAAAGAGAGUGAUUCUCAGGGGACAGGAGAGGGGGAGGAGAGCAAAGAGAGUGAUUCUCAGGGGACAGGAGAGGGGGAGGAGAGCAAAGAGAGUGAUUCUGAGGGGACAGGAGAGGGGGAGGAGAGCAAAGAGAGUGAUUCUCAGGGGACAGGAGAGGGGGAGGAGAGCAUAGAGAGUGAUUCUCAGGGGACAGGAGAGGGGGAGGAGAGCAAAGAGAGUGAUUCUGAGGGGACAGGAGAGGGGGAGGAGAGCAAAGAGAGUGAUUCUGAGGGGACAGGAGAGGGGGAGGAGAGCAAAGAGAGUGAUUCUCAGGGGACAGGAGAGGGGGAGGACAGCAAAGAGAGUGAUUCUGAGGGGACAGGAGAGGGGGAGGACAGCAAAGAGAGUGAUUCUGAGGGGACAGGAGAGGGGGAGGAGAGCAAAGAGAGUGAUUCUGAGGGGACAGGAGAGGGGGAGGACAGCAAAGAGAGUGAUUCUGAGGGGACAGGUGAGGGGGAGGAGAGCAAAGAGAAUGAUUCUGAGGGGACAGGAGAGGGGGAGGAGAGCAAAGAGAGUGAUUCUCAGGGGACAGGAGAGGGGGAGGAGAGCAAAGAGAGUGAUUCUGAGGGGACAGGAGAGGGGGAGGAGAGCAAAGGGAGUGAUUCUGAGGCAAGCCUAGAGGAGGAGGGAGAGGAGAAAAGUGAAGAGAGUGAUGGGGAAGGAGAGGAGGGAGAGAGUGAUUCUGGGACAAGUGGAGAGGGGGAAGAGGAGGAUAAGAGUGAAGAAGAGUCCAGUGAUGAAGAGAGUGGGGAUGAAAACAAAGAGGACAAGGAGGAGGGUGGUGAUGAAUCAGGAAGUGAGGCUGAGAGCAAGAGUGAGGGAUCAGCAGAAGAGGAGGAAGAUGAACAAGUCGAAGAAGCAGAGAGUGAAGAAAGUAAAGCUACUGAGUCAGGAGAGGAGGAAGGAGAGGGAGAGAGUGAAACAGAUGAGGAAGGAGAGGGAGAGGAUAAGGAAGGUUGUGAAAGUGAAGAAGAGGAGGAGGAGGCAAGUGUAAGUGAGGAGGAGGGAGAAGAGGAUGACGAUGAGGAAAAUGGAGCAGAAAGUGGAGAAGGUGAGGGCAAUGUAGGAGAAGAGGAAGAGGAAGCAGUUGAGGGUGAGGAAGAAGAGGAUGAAAAUGAAGGUGAAGAGGAGAACGGUGAAGUCAAAGAGGGUGAGGAGGGAGUAGAGGAAGAGGAGGAAGAUGCUAGUGGAGAGGAGGAACUUGAAGAUGAAAAAUGUGAGGAAGAGGAGGGAGAAGAAGAAGAUGAGGGGGAAGAAGAAGAUGAUAAAGGAGAAGGGGAGGAGGGAGAAGGGGAAGAGGAGGAAGAUGGUGAAAAACAGGAAGAUGAGAAAGAGGAAAUAGAAGUGAGAGAGGAGGAAGCGAACAAACAAGAAGAGGAAAGGGAGAAGCAAGAGGAGGAAGAGAAGGAAGAAGAAAAAGAUAGACAGGAAGUAGGUGGAAAAGACACAGAGGGAGAGGAGGGUGGAAAAAGGGGUGAGGAGAAGGGAGAUAAAAAAGAAUGGAAAGAAAAUAAAGAAAUUGAUGGUGAAUUAGAAGAAGAAGCUGCAGGGGAACAGAAAGGGGAGAUGGAGGGGGAGGAGAAAGGGAUUGAAGAUCCCCCGAGGGAGAAACCCAAACCAGCAGCCCGUACCAAACAGAGGACCACAGGGGGAAAACAGGCCAAAAGUACCCAAGAAUCCCAACAGUUCUGGAAUAAUGUCUUACCCCAGUACCUGGAGCUGAAGUGA